AUGGAAACUGUAUUUGAAAAUAAAUAUCCUAGUAUAUAUUUAUUACAUACCAAUAGUAUUUCCCAAGACUUAACAUGUUGAUAAUAUAGAGUAUGCAAUGCCUAGGUAUAAUUAUUUAUUGUAAGAGUUAGUUAAAGAAUUUGCAUAUACUGCAUAAGAAACAUAGAAUAUACAAUUAGCUAUUCCUCCAAAAAAUGUUUCAAUCCCAAUCACGAUUGUUAAAGUAUAUGACUUAAUAAUUUAUAAAAUUUACAUUGCAAUAAAAAUACUAUUCUCCACUGCAAGAUGCAACCAUUAAUGA